AUGGCGCCCCUACCCAUCAAGUUUCAGGAGCUUGUCCAGCUCGCCAACGUCGGCGUGGACACCCAGAGCAUCGGCUUCAACUCCUGCACACUCGAGUCCGACUCGUACGUCUGCGUGCGAGAAAAGAAGAGCGAGGCCGCCCAACCCGAAGUUGUUAUUAUCGAGCUCAAGAAUGGUAACAAUGUUACUCGUCGGCCGAUCAAGGCCGACAGUGCCAUCAUGCACUGGAACCGACAAGUCAUUGCCCUCAAGGCUCAGUCUAGGACACUCCAGAUCUUUGAUCUCGAGCAGAAGAAGAAGCUGAAGUCGUGUACCAUGAACGAGGAUGUUCAGUUCUGGAAGUGGAUCAGCGAGAACGAGCUUGGUCUUGUCACAACGUCCAGCGUCUACCACUGGAACGUCUAUGACGCUGGCCAGGACGCUCCCGUCAAGGUCUUUGAGCGUAAUGCCAACCUCAACGGCUGCCAGAUCAUCAACUACCGAGUCAACACUGAUGGCAAGUGGAUGGUCGUUGUUGGUAUUUCAUCGCAGCAAGGCCGCGUGGUCGGUGCCAUGCAACUCUAUUCUAAGGACCGAGGAAUCAGCCAGGCCAUCGAGGGUCAUGCUGCUGCCUUUGGCACCCUGCGAUUGGAGGGUGCUCCCCAAGACACCAAGCUUUUCAGUUUUGCUGUGCGGACAGCAACUGGCGCCAAGCUGCACAUCGUCGAGGUCGAUCACGCCGAGUCGAACCCAGUCUUCCAGAAGAAGGCUGUCGACAUGUUCUUCCCCCCGGAAGCCACCAGCGAUUUCCCCGUCGCCCUUCAGAUCUCCCAGAAGUACGGUGUCGUCUACAUGGUCACCAAGUACGGCUUCAUCCACCUUUACGACCUCGAGACCGCCUCGUGCAUCUUCAUGAACCGAAUCUCGAGCGAGACCAUCUUCACAACAUGCACCGACAACGACUCCUCGGGCAUCGUCGGUAUCAACCGAAAGGGUCAAGUCCUUUUCGUUACCAUCGACGACGCCAACGUCAUCCCUUACCUCCUCCAGAACCCUGCCAACACCGAGAUGGCCAUCAAGAUGGCCUCAAGAGCUGGCCUUCCUGGCGCUGAUAACCUCUAUGCUCGCCAGUUCGAGCAGCUCUUCAACUCUGGCAACUACCUGGAGGCUGCCAAGAUUGCUGCCAACUCUCCCCGAGGCUUCCUGCGAACCGCCGAGACGAUAGAGAAGUUCAAGCGUCUGCCUGCUCAGCCCGGUCAGAUGGCCUUCACCCUUCAAUACUUUGGAAUGCUUCUCGACAAGGGUGCCCUGAACAGACAUGAGACUAUUGAACUGGCCCAGCCUGUUCUCCAGCAGAACCGCAAGCACCUGCUUGAGAAGUGGUUGAAGGAGGGCAAGCUGGACUGCUCCGAGCAGCUCGGUGACAUGGUUCGCCCCUACGAUGUUGGCAUGGCCCUCACCAUUUACCUGAAGGCCGAUGUUCCCCAGAAGGUUGUUGCUGGUUUCGCUGAGACUGGCCAAUUCGACAAGAUUCUCCCUUACUCGGCCCAGACUGGCUACCAGCCUGAUUACAUCCAGCUCCUUCAGCACAUCACCCGUGUCAACCCCGAGAAGGGUGCCGAGUUCGCCAGCGCUUUGGCCAACAGCGAGCAAGGUCCCUUGGUCGACUUUGAGCGCGUGUGCGACAUCUUCCAGGGUCAGGGUCUGAUCCAGCAGGCCACUGCCUUCCUGCUCGAUGCUCUCAAGGAGAACAAGCCUGAGCAUGCUCGUCUCCAGACUCGCCUUCUGGAGAUGAACCUGAUGCAUGCUCCUCAGGUCGCUGAGGCCAUCCUGGGCAACGAGAUGUUCACUCAUUUCGACAAGUCCCGCAUUGCCCAGCUCUGCGAGCAGGCCAACCUCCCCCAGAAGGCCCUCGAGCUCUACGAGGACCCCGAGUCUAUUAAGCGUGUUAUUGUCAACAUUCCUGGUUCUCCCAACUUCAACCCUGAGUGGCUGACUACCUUCUUUGGCAAGCUCUCUGUUGAGCAGUCUCUGGACUGCCUCGAUGCCAUGAUGAAGAGCAACAUCCGGCAGAACCUGCAGUCUGUUGUGACCAUCGCAACUAAGUAUUCCGAUCUUCUCGGAGCCGUUCGUCUGAUCGACCUCUUUGAGAAGUACAAGACUGCUGAGGGUCUCUUCUACUAUCUGGGUAGCGUCGUGAAUCUGUCAGAAGACCCCGAUGUGCACUUCAAGUACAUCGAGGCUGCCACUAAGAUGGGCCAGUUCAACGAGGUCGAGCGGUUGUGUCGCGAUAGCAACGUGUACAACCCCGAGAAGGUGAAGAACUUCCUCAAGGAGGCUAAGCUCCCCGAGCAGCUUCCUCUGAUCAUUGUCUGCGACCGCUUCAACUUCGUCCAUGACCUGAUUCUGUACCUCUAUCAGAACCAGCAGUUCCAGGCCAUUGAGUCGUAUGUUCAGCGUGUCAACCCCAGUCGAACUCCCGAGGUUAUUGGCGGUUUGUUGGAUGUCGACUGUGACGAAAACAUUAUCAAGCAGCUGUUGACCACUGUUAAUGCCCAGUCGAUCAGCAUUGAUCAGUUGGUUUCCGAGGUCGAGACACGAAACCGACUCAAGCUUCUGUUGCCCUUCCUCGAGGCUACCCUCCAGGCUGGCAACACGCAGCAGGCCGUGUUCAACGCUCUUGCCAAGAUUUACAUCGACUCCAACAACAACCCCGAGAAGUUCCUCAAGGAGAACGACCAGUACGAUACCCUCACUGUUGGAAAGUACUGCGAGAAGCGAGACCCCAACCUGGCCUACAUUGCCUACUCUAAGGGCCAAAAUGAUCUGGAGCUCGUCAACAUCACCAACGAGAACUCCAUGUACAGGGCUCAGGCUCGAUACCUGCUUGAGCGUUCUGACAACCAGCUUUGGGGAUUUGUGUUGAGCGAGAACAACAUCCACCGCCGCUCCGUCGUUGAUCAGGUCACUGCCACGGCUGUUCCUGAGGCCAACGACCCUGCCAAGGUGUCCGUGGCUGUGUCUGCCUUCCUUGAGAACGAUCUUCCCCUCGAGCUUAUUGAGCUUCUCGAGAAGAUUGUUCUGGAGCCCUCACCUUUCAGUGACAAUGAGAACCUUCAGAACCUGCUUCUGUUUACCGCUGCCAAGGCUGACAAGGCUCGUGUCAUGGACUACAUCCACAAGCUCGACAACUACAAUGCCGACGAUAUUGCCGCUUCUUGCAUUGAGGUCGGUCUCUUCGAGGAAGCUUUCGAGAUCUACAAGAAGGCCGACAACAAGUCUGCCGCCGUCGAUGUCCUGAUUGACAACGUUGUCAGCAUUGACCGUGCCCAGGCUUAUGGUGAGGAGGUUGACCUGCCCGAGGUCUGGAGCAAGGUUGCCAAGGCCCAGCUUGAUGGUCUUCGAGUCGCCGACGGUAUUGAGUCCUACAUCAAGGCCGAGGACCCUAGGAACUACCUUGAAGUCAUUGAGAUUGCUACUCACGCUGGCAAGAACGAGGAGCUCGUCAAGUAUCUCCGCAUGACUCGCAAGACCCUCCGCGAGCCUGCCAUCGACACAGCUCUUGCUUUCUGCUAUGCCCGCCUCGACCAGCUCAGCGAGCUCGAGGAUUUCCUCCGAGGCACCAAUGUCGCCAACAUCGAGGAGUCUGGUGACAAGGCCUACGAGGAGGGUCUCUACGAGGCCUCCAAGAUCUUCUACACCAGCAUUUCCAAUUGGGCCAAGCUGGCCACCACCUUGGUCCACCUCAGUGACUACCAGGCUGCUGUCGAGUGCGCCCGCAAAGCCAACAACAUCAAGGUGUGGAAGCAGGUGCACGAGGCUUGCGUGGAGAAGAAGGAGUUCCGAUUGGCUCAGAUCUGCGGUCUCAACCUGAUCGUUGACGCUGAGCAGCUCCAGACUCUCGUUAAGGAGUACGAGCGCAACGGCUACUUCGAUGAGCUCAUCAGCCUACUCGAGCAGGGUCUUGGCCUUGAGCGUGCCCACAUGGGCAUGUUCACCGAGCUGGGUAUUGCUCUCUCCAAGUACCACCCCGACCGCCUCAUGGAGCACAUCAAGAUCUUCUGGUCUCGUAUGAACAUGCCAAAGAUGAUCAAGGCCUGUGAGGAGGCAAACCUCUGGCCUGAGCUCGUCUUCUGUUACUAUCACUACGACGAGUUCGACAACGCCGCUCUUGCUGUCAUUGAGCGGCCCGAGAACUCUUGGGACCACCAGCAGUUCAAGGAGAUCGUCGUCAAGGUUGCCAACCUGGAGAUCUACUACCGCGCUAUUAAGUUUUACGUGGAGCAGCACCCCUCUCUGCUCACUGAUCUCCUGGCCACCCUCACUCCUCGCAUCGAUGUUAACCGUGUUGUCAAGAUCUUCCAGAAGAACGAUGACCUUCCUCUCAUUAAGCCUUUCCUCCUCAACGUGCAGUCACAAAACAAGCGUGUGGUGAACGAGGCUGUCAACGACCUUCUCAUCGAGGAGGAGGAUUACAAGACUCUUCGCGACUCUGUCCAGAACUACGACAACUAUGAUGCCACUGAGCUGGCCAACCGCCUGGAGAAGCACGACCUGAUCUUCUUCCGCCAGAUCGCUGCCAGCAUCUACCGCAAGAACAAGCGCUGGGAGAAGUCGAUUGCUCUGUCCAAGCAGGACAAGCUGUACAAGGAUGCCAUCGAGACUGCUGCUCUGUCCGCCAAGAUCGAUAUUGUCAGCGACCUCGUUCAAUACUUUGUCGACAUUGGCCACCGCGAAUGCUACACUGGCAUGCUCUACGCCUGCAAUGAGCUCAUCCGACCUGACCUCGUCCUUGAGCUCUCUUGGCGCCACGGCCUCAUGGACUUCUCCAUGCCUUACAUGAUCAACCUUCUCUGUCAACAGACUAAGGAGCUCGCCACGCUCAAGGCUGACAACGAGGCCCGCAAGGCUAAGGAGAAGGAGCAGGAGAAGACGGAAGACAACACCCCCAUCCUGGGCGCUUCUCGACUCAUGAUUACUGCUGGCCCUACCGGCAUGGGCUCCAGCCCCUCGCCUGCGCCAUACGGUCAAGCCAACGGCUUCGCACCGCAGCCCACCGGCUACGGCUACUAG